CACCCUGCCCGGCGCCCAGUCGCCGGUCUAUGGCCUCUAGGGAUCGGGCGUCAGCCGGCAAGUGGACAGCCGCGCGGGCGGACAGGUGGGCCCGACUUGCUCGUUAUCAGGAGAAAGGAGAGGGCCACUUUCUAGGGCCCCAGCAUCUCUCCAGUUCCAGGAGUCUGCCCAGCCCCGCGAGGGAGAAGCUGAAGGAGCAGCCGCCGGUCUACCGGGUACAGCCGCCGCCAUGGCUGCCAUGAUGGAUCGGAAGUGAGCCUCGGGGCCAGGGCUGCGGGCGCCGGCGUCCAGAGUCCCGGCUCCCCGGCCGCCCCCGCCUGGGGAAGCGCGGCGCGGCGGACGGCUGACUCUCACGUCCCUUGCGACCCCGGACCCUCAGCUCGGGCUGCUCCCUCCAAGACUGAGAGGCGGGGAGUGGCUCCCGGCCUCUGGCCCCGGCUGCGAGAAAGAUGGCGGACCCAGCCGAGUGCAACAUCAAAGUAAUGUGUCGCUUCAGACCUCUCAACGAGUCUGAGGUGAACCGCGGCGACAAGUAUGUCGCCAAGUUUCAGGGAGAUGACACGGUCAUGAUCGCGUCCAAACCUUAUGCAUUUGAUCGGGUGUUCCAGUCAAGUACAUCUCAAGAGCAAGUGUACAAUGAUUGUGCAAAGAAGAUUGUUAAAGAUGUCCUUGAAGGAUAUAAUGGAACAAUAUUUGCAUAUGGACAAACAUCCUCUGGGAAGACACACACAAUGGAGGGUAAACUUCAUGAUCCAGAAGGUAUGGGUAUUAUUCCAAGAAUAGUACAAGAUAUUUUUAAUUAUAUUUACUCCAUGGAUGAGAAUUUGGAAUUUCAUAUUAAGGUUUCAUAUUUUGAAAUAUAUUUGGAUAAGAUAAGGGACCUACUAGAUGUUUCAAAGACCAACCUUUCAGUUCAUGAAGACAAAAACCGAGUUCCCUAUGUAAAGGGCUGCACAGAGCGUUUUGUAUGUAGUCCAGAUGAAGUUAUGGAUACCAUAGAUGAAGGAAAAUCCAACAGACAUGUAGCAGUUACAAAUAUGAAUGAACAUAGUUCUAGGAGUCACAGUAUAUUUCUUAUUAAUGUAAAACAAGAAAACACUCAAACAGAGCAAAAGCUGAGUGGAAAACUUUAUCUCGUUGAUUUAGCUGGUAGUGAAAAGGUUAGUAAAACUGGAGCUGAAGGUGCUGUUCUGGAUGAAGCUAAGAACAUUAACAAAUCACUUUCUGCACUUGGAAAUGUCAUUUCUGCUUUGGCUGAGGGUAGUACGUAUGUUCCAUAUCGAGACAGUAAAAUGACAAGAAUUCUUCAAGAUUCAUUAGGUGGCAACUGUAGAACCACUAUUGUUAUUUGCUGCUCUCCAUCAUCAUAUAAUGAGUCUGAAACAAAAUCUACACUUCUAUUUGGUCAAAGGGCCAAAACAAUUAAGAAUACAGUUUGUGUCAAUGUAGAGUUAACUGCAGAACAAUGGAAAAAGAAGUAUGAAAAAGAAAAAGAAAAAAAUAAGACCCUGAGGAACACCAUUCAGUGGCUUGAAAAUGAACUCAACCGAUGGCGUAAUGGGGAAACAGUGCCUGUUGAUGAACAGUUUGACAAAGAGAAAGCUAACUUGGAAGCUUUUGCAGUGGAUAAGGAUAUAAAUAUUACCAAUGAUAAACCAGCAGCCACAAUUGGAGUUACUGGAACUUUUACUGAUGGUGAAAGAAGAAAGUGUGAAGAAGAAAUUGCUAAAUUGUAUAAACAACUUGAUGACAAGGAUGAAGAAAUUAACCAACAGAGCCAACUGGUAGAAAAACUGAAGACACAAAUGUUAGAUCAGGAAGAGCUUUUGGCAUCUACCAGAAGGGAUCAAGACAAUAUGCAAGCAGAGCUGAAUCGCCUUCAAGCAGAAAAUGAUGCCUCUAAGGAAGAAGUAAAAGAAGUUUUACAGGCCUUAGAGGAACUUGCUGUCAAUUAUGAUCAGAAGUCUCAGGAAGUUGAAGACAAAACUAAGGAAUAUGAACUGCUAAGCGAUGAAUUGAAUCAGAAAUCGGCAACUUUAGCAAGUAUAGAUGCUGAGCUUCAGAAACUUAAGGAAAUGACCAACCACCAGAAGAAACGAGCAGCUGAGAUGAUGGCAUCUUUACUGAAAGACCUUGCAGAAAUAGGAAUUGCCGUGGGAAAUAAUGAUGUAAAGCAACCUGAGGGAACUGGUAUGAUAGAUGAAGAGUUCACUGUUGCAAGACUGUACAUUAGCAAAAUGAAGUCAGAAGUAAAAACAAUGGUGAAACGCUGCAAACAAUUAGAAAGCACACAAACUGAGAGCAACAAAAAAAUGGAAGAAAAUGAAAAGGAGUUAGCAGCAUGCCAGCUUCGUAUCUCUCAGCAUGAAGCCAAAAUUAAGUCAUUGACUGAAUACCUUCAAAAUGUGGAGCAAAAGAAAAGACAGCUGGAAGAAUCUGUUGAUUGUCUCAGUGAAGAAUUAGUCCAGCUCCGAGCACAAGAAAAAGUCCAUGAGAUGGAAAAAGAGCACUUAAAUAAGGUUCAGACUGCAAAUGAAGUUAAGCAAGCUGUUGAACAACAAAUCCAGAGUCACAGAGAAACUCAUCAAAAACAAAUCAGUAGUUUGAGAGAUGAAGUUGAGGCAAAGGAAAAACUUAUAACUGAUCUUCAAGACCAAAACCAGAAAAUGAUGUUAGAGCAGGAACGUCUAAGAGUAGAACAUGAGAAGCUGAAAGCUACAGAUCAGGAAAAGAGCAGAAAAUUACAUGAACUUACUAUUAUGCAAGAUAGACGAGAACAAGCAAGACAAGACCUGAAGGGUUUGGAAGAGACUGUGGCAAAAGAACUUCAGACUUUACAUAAUCUGCGCAAGCUCUUUGUUCAGGACCUGGCUACCAGAGUUAAAAAGAGUGCCGAGAUCGAUUCUGAUGACACCGGAGGGAGUGCUGCUCAAAAGCAAAAAAUCUCCUUUCUUGAAAAUAAUCUUGAACAACUCACUAAAGUACACAAACAGUUGGUACGGGAUAAUGCAGAUCUUCGCUGUGAACUUCCUAAGUUAGAGAAGCGACUUAGAGCUACAGCCGAGAGAGUGAAAGCUUUGGAGUCAGCACUGAAAGAAGCCAAAGAAAAUGCAUCUCGUGAUCGUAAACGUUAUCAGCAAGAAGUAGAUCGCAUAAAGGAAGCAGUCAGGUCAAAGAAUAUGGCCAGAAGAGGGCAUUCUGCACAGAUUGCUAAACCUAUUCGUCCUGGGCAACAUCCAGCAGCUUCUCCAACUCAUCCAAGUGCAAUUCGUGGAGGAGGUGCAUUUGUUCAGAAUAGUCAGCCAGUGGCUGUACGAGGAGGAGGAGGCAAACAAGUAUAAACAUUUACACAUCUUCAAAGGUGUUGAAAGUAAUUGAAGUAUGAAGAGGAUAUAGUAUCAGUCACUCAGUGACUGUCACUUCUACCCCCUUGGGAUUGUAGAACUAUAACUUUUUAAAAUGUACAAAUUACACCUGGCCUGUACAGCUGUUCCUACCCGCUCUUCUUGGAAACUCUGCUGCUUCCCAACACAACUAGAGUGCAAUUUUGAUGUCUUAGGAAGAGAAAAUGACAGUUUACAACUGUGGCCCUAUUUAUUACACAGUUUGUCUUUUGUGUCUUAAAUUAGUCUUCACUGUGCCAAGCUAACUAUACCUAGUAGGAUUAUGCUUUUUGUAUUUGCUUUUUUUAAUGGAUGUUUAGUUUUGAGUCUCUGUUUAAGUUACCUAGUUGCUACUGCUUCCUGUUUUUCUUUUCCUAUUACAAUGUCUUCCUUUUACUUUCUUUCUUUUUUUUUUUUAGGGAAAAUUGAAUCUUUAGAUUAAAUGUCUUACAUUUUACCACUUCCAACACUACAUGCCCACAAAAUAUAUCAGGUCAGUACUGUAUUUUAAAAUCCCUUGAAGUGAAAUCAGGGUUAAAAUGAUUUGUAUUAUCUCUGGUAUUUGCUUCUGAAAAUUGCUGUUUAAGCACUGAAACCUUACAACUGCCCUAACUAGGCAUUUGAGAUUGAGUGAGCACGGCUACUUGAUUGUUAUCUCCUGAAAUGCUUGUUGCCCAGAUAUUGAAUGGAAAUAUUUUACAUAUCAAAAGUAAAACUCAGAUUAAGAGGGAGUUUGGAAAAUUAAUUCUAUCUCCCAUCCUCAUUUAUGCUUAACAUAGCUUAACGGAAUGAAAAUACCCUGCUUCAUUCUGAUGAGCCUGCUAGCUAAUGUAAGAAUUGGACAGGUAUCAAUUUGUCAUCUUUCAUAUAGUGAAAUGAAUUAAGAUACUAUAAAAUUAAGCAGUUUUAUAUUGUUAGCUAUUGUAUGGGCUGAUCUAAAUUUUUAGCCUAUGAAAAUUGAGGGGAAAAUGUGAAUAAGCAGGACAGAUACACAGUGAAGUUAAAGAUGUGUAGGUAAAUUUUAGUCACAGUCUCUAAAGGUGUUUUUAACCUGCUGCACUAAGUCAUACACUAUAAUUUAUUUCUCGUUUAGUCUAGAAAUAGUGAAUUGUUUGUAAAUCACUAAUGAUCCUCAAACAAAUUACAUUGUUGACUAUAGCCCAUAAUUUUGUGCGCAUAUAUAUAUAUAUAUAUAUAUGUAUGUGUGUGUGUGUGUGUGUGUGUAUAUAUAUAUAUAUAUAUAUAUAUAUAUAUAUGUAUAUGUAUAUACACACAUAUAAAACUGUGUACCAAUUUUUGCCACUUCUUCCUCAGAUCAUUAUACUAAGUCAACAGUUUAUUUUAGGGAAGAGAUUUCAAUGUUUGCUUCACCAUUGGUGGGGGGGGUGACUACAACUACAACUACAUUAGCAGAAGUUUGCAGUGAAUGUAGGGAAACUGGAGAAUUCUGUUAUUAGGAUCUGGCUGGCAGAAUUAACUUUUUGAAAAAGUUUUAUACACAGAUAUUUGUAUUAUUAAAUUUGGAGCCAUAGUCAGAAGACUCAGAUCAUAAUUGGCUUAUUUUUCUAUUUCCUUAACUAUUGUAAUUUCCACUUUUAUAAUAAUUUUGAUUUGAAAGAAAAAAAUUUAUUUAUUUAUUUUUUUAACAGUCAAAAAUCCUUGCUGUUGUAGUCUGCAGCCUUUAAAAUGAUUGUUGCUUUUAGGAUUGAUUAAAAGAAACACUCCAUAAAUUGAGAUGAAAUCUUGGGUGCAGUGAAAUAUAAGUACUACAGAUAAGAAAGUACUACAAGCCUCUUUGUGGUGAUAGUUUUCUAAAUGGAGAGACAUUUGGCUGCUUUCACAUAGACAUUUAUAUUUUGUUCUCAAGUGAAAACUUGCUUCUUUAGCAAUAUUCAUAAAAAACAACUUUUUUUUUCUCUUGUCUGAAUACAGUAGUUUCUUGUAAGAUGUAUCAUGGGUAUGGUGCUGUGUAACAAACAAUGAAUUGUAACUAGCAUGUGGUUCAGAAUACACAGUGUUAGGUUUUUUAAAUAUCUUAAUGGUUCUUUUCUAUUUAUAAUUUCAAACUUCAUAAAGUGUACCAGGAGUUUCAUAAAAAUUGUUUUCAGUGAACUGUUCUUUUUGCUAUGGUAGGUCAUUAAAUAUAGCAUUUACUCUCACAAAUUGAAAUGUCUGACCAUCUAGAAUAUUGACACUUAUUUCAAUUUGCAGUCCUUUUUUUUUUUGACUGGGUAUAUUAAUGUUACUCUGAAUGGUAUUGAGUAAUGGUUCAGAAGAUAAACUCAAUGAAAUAAAAGUAAUAUUUAUUCAUGGUGAUCAAUUAAAUUAUUUGCUUAACUUAAGAAAACUGACUACUGUGCAUAACUCUUAAUUUGUAUGUGACUCUGAAUUUGACAUGAGGUGACAGAAUAGAGUCUGAGUCUACCUGUGGAAUAUGUUGGUUUAUUUUCAGUGCUUGAAAAACAUGCAAAGAUAAUUGGUUUGGGAAGACACCGUAUAAUUUUAAGUUAACCUGCAUGCUGUAAAUGUGUUUUAUGUUUCAAUAAAGAGGAAAAUUUUUUUGAAAUAUAA